CGCAGGAGAGCUGUGGCCCUACGUUCAGCCAGCACCUUAGCCAGGCUCCCGCAGCCAGCACUCAGCGUAGUCACCCCUCGUCCUGAAACUGCCUGUCUGAGGCCAUCUGCUGCAGGAGCCUGGGAGCAGCAGAGUGGGUGCAGCUUCUCGGGAGGGAGCAUUCACCACGUUUACCUUAUCGCUGUAUCUGCCCAGAAGUGAAGGCUGACAGCAACAGGAAACCAUGAAGGGUUCACAGCGCUGGAAAGAGUCCCAGUCCAGAAGCGACCCUUCUGAGCUCACUGAGAAGGAGAAGGAAAAGAUGGCUGAGACUGAACUCCAGAAGCUACAGCAGCAGUUUCGGAUCAUGGUAGAAAGUCGGAAGUCUUUUGGUGUGAAAACGCAACAGCAUAUGUUCCAUCAGGAAAAAGAAAUAUCUUCACUGAAGCAGGAAUAUGAAGAGAUUGCAUUGCUCUUGAGCCUUACAAAGUCACAGAGAAAUAUGAUGCUGGAUAACAGAAACUGUAUGGAACUCAAAUUUCUUUUACAAACCAAAGAGGAAUAUGAUUCUCUGAUCAGAGCAACAAAAGCUCUGAUAGCAGAACUUGAUGAUAAGGUAAUGGAGAUGGAAAAAAAGAUCAAAAAACAAAAACUGACUGUAGCAAAGGUGAAACAAGCGUACGAUGGCAAAUGGCUGCAAAAACAGAUUCAGAUGUUGGAGAGUCGCUUAAACAACGUCACCGUCCAUUUCGAUACCAUCCUGACCACGAAUGCCAACCUCAGAGAAGAGAUUGAAAAUCUGCGGAUUCAUAAAUCUAUUUUUGACAACUUCUACUCAAAACUUCAUAGGAAACUCGACCAGCAGAAGAAAAUAAUGGACACGGCAAUUGAGCAGUCCACCCAAGCAUACGAGCAGCGGGUGGAGGCCCUGGCGCGGAUUUCCGCAAUGAAGGAAAGGCGCUGCAAAGACAUUGCACAGUAUAAUGUGGAAUUCAGGGAACUGGAGCGUGUCUUUGACCACGAGACCAAGCUGAAAGCCUUUAUGCUCAUCAAACUAGUGGAUCGCUCGGACUUUGAGGAUCAGUCCAAAAGGGAAGAAGCUCUUAAAGCAAGCAAGCGAGCCAAAAAGAGCAAAGGCGAAAGUUUUGAGAGCUAUGAGGUAGCUUACAUGCGCCUGCUGAAGCUGAGCGAGAAUGGGGACAUUGGCCAGCUGGUGGCAGAUUUCAUUGAAAAAGAGGAGAAGAACUUUGCAUAUUUCAGCUAUGUCACUGAGCUAAACAACGAAAUGGAGAGGCUGCAGAAGAAGACAGAGGACAUUCAGAAUGAAAUCCUUCACUUAAAAUCCCAACAGAAGGUUGCUGAUGACAAAAGCAGCUCCAACCUGAAGGAGAUGGAGGAGAAGCUGAGGAAGACCACCGAAGAGGCCAACCUGUACGAGUACACUUGUAAAGAGAGCAGCAAGGUCCUGGACCAGCUCAAAUCGGCAGUGGCCUUUCUGUUUAAGCAAAUAGACUGUGAUGACACCAAGAUAUUGGAGCAGCUGGGGGAGAGCGGGGAGAUCACGGACCUGAAUUUGUUGCAGUAUUUUGGUGUCAUAGAAAAGAAGACCAAUGAUCUCCUGCUCAUUGAAUCCUUUCUGCGCUACAAGGAGGUGGAGGGAGAGCAGGAUUCACAGCCUUUACUGAAUCCAUUUUUGGAUGGCAUAGGACUCCUUAAAAGUAUGGAUGCAGCAAAAUUAGCCCCUGCAUCCCCUGCCAUAGAGCACAUAGCAGAGAACCUAGAGGACUUUGAUGGGCCUUUGGACCAUGACAGUUUGCGCAACCUGAUUAUUGGGAACGUUGAGAAGGAAAAGUCCAGUAGGAUCUCUCUGGACAAAGAGAAGAGGAGAGGGACAAUGAUAUAGAAUGGGAAAAGCAAAUGUAUUGGGUAUAAAUAGUAGAUUCUAAAUUCUUUUGAAAUCAAAAUCUGAUUUUGUGCUUAAUUUAAACAAA